AUGAGCCAGGAAUUGUUGGAUCAACCGUUAAAUCCGGAAUUACUUCAACAAAUUUUAGCAUUUUUCAAGAAAAAUGGCUUAACAGAAGCCGAAGAAGCAUUGUCAAGGGAAACAGCUGCAGUUCUUCGCCUCUCGAAGGAUUCGGUCGAGAUUGGUGACGCAAAUAAUGAUGCAAUGAUACGCGAAUAUUCUGCACUUUUAAAUCACAUAAGUGCAUCUUUUGAUAACUAUCGGGCUGAACUUUCCGCUUUAUUGUAUCCAGUUUUCGCCCAUUUCUAUAUUCAGCAAAUUUUGGAAGGUCACAGCUUAUCUGCUGCAGUAUUUAGUGAAAAAUUUGCUAAAAGCAUACCAUCAAUAUAUGAAGAGCAAGUCUGCUCUUUGACAAGAAUUUCAACUCACGGCCAGGCAGCUAAUCAUCCACUUGUACAUGCGCUCACGAAAAAUCAAUUUGUUGUUCGUAUGUCGAAAUCUGCAAUCAAGCAACUUGAACCGUUUUUGAAUCGCAAUAGCAUCAUAAGAGAUUUGAUUCGUGAACAUCUCGUUAUCGAAGCUGUGGAUGGGCCAAGAACAAAAGCAGCAAUUGAAGCUACUAUGGGUGGAAUUAUUGGACAAGUGAGCAAACAAGAUCGGAAACAUAAAAUGUAUUACGGAACUGUAAAGGACGAUUUGUCAAGUCCAUUAGGCGUUGAAAAGAAGAAAUCUAAAGGAAAAGACAGGAGUGAUUCUAAAAAGAAAGAUGCCAAUGGACCUGUUCCUGAUCGUAUCCCACUACCAGCACCAUGCGAAAAGCGAUUGUUAUGUAAAGAACCUUUGACAAAAAAAAUACGAAUAUCAUCAGAAUCACCUCCUUCUGUAUGUCUUUACACUGCCUUAAAUGCUCAUGGUGGACUUACAUCUGCAGAUAUCUCUGAAGAUAGUACUUUCUUAGCUUUGGGGUAUGGCAGCUCACUUAUACAAGUUCAUGCACUCGGCGAAGAAAAAUUUCGUCCCUUAAAAAAGAUUGAUCAGCUUGAAGCAAUCGAUCAGGAAUCUGAAGAUUCACUUGAACAAAUAUAUGAUGAUUCUCAGGCAACAAAUAUUCUCACUUUCACGGGUCAUAGUGGGCCUGUAUUUUCUUUAUCAUUUUCUCCCGAUAAGCGUUUACUGCUUUCUUCUUGCCGUGAUUCAACCAUUCGAUUAUGGAGUCUUGGUGCCAGACAAAAUGUUGUCAUCUAUCGACAGAGUAUGCCAGUUUGGCAAGCCCAGUUUUGUUCUCGAUCAUAUUAUUUUGCCACGGGUGGUGCUGACGGAACAGCAAAAUUAUGGGCAACCGAUCGCUUACAACCGCUUAGAAUAUUCGCUGAUGCGUUAUCAGAUGUUUCUUGUAUAGAUUUUCAUCCAAAUUGCAAUUAUAUUGCUGGCGGUAGCGAUGACCGUUAUGUUCGUGUAUGGGAUGUUCUUUCUGGGGUAUGCGUUCGUUGCUUUUCUGGUCAUAAAGGUGCAGUACGAACUGUCAAGACAUCACCAUGUGGACGCUAUCUCGCUUCUAUUGGAGCGGAAGGUUCAAUUAUUAUAUGGGAUAUGGCAAUGCAAAGAAUGUUGUGUAUGUGUGAUACUACUCCGUUUUCUUUCUCAACAGCAAUGGCUUUUUCUCGUGAUGGUUCUGCUUUAGCAGUUGCACGUGCUGAUUGCGCUCUUUCUUUUUAUUUAAUGGACUCGAUAAUUUCUUCCAUGAAUCUGCAAGAUCAUUUAAAUCAAGAUCCGAAAAUCAAUCCGAGUGGUUUUCAUUUAUCAACAUAUGCUACUAAAAAUACACCCAUAUUAGAUUUACAUUUCACCCGCAGAAAUCUGGUUUUGGCUGUUGCGUCACGACCUAACAGCAUGUCGAGUUUCGUCGAAGGAUUGACGAGUCCCGAGGUCGAAAUUGCUGAAGGUGGUGCGAUAGUCGAUAACAAAGCGAGAUUUGCUGAUUUGAAAGCCAUGCUGGACAGCUCAAAAGAUAGUCUAAAGAUGGAUGCGAUGAAGCGAAUUAUUAAUUUAGUGGCAAAAGGUCGUGACGUUUCGGAAUUAUUUCCUGCAGUUGUAAAGAAUGUUGCAGCCAAAAAUCUUGAGCUAAAAAAAUUAGUUUACGUUUAUUUGGUGCGUUAUGCUGAAGAACAGCAAGAUUUAGCCUUGCUUUCAAUUAGCACAUUCCAACGAGCUCUCAAAGAUCCGAACCAGCUUAUUAGAGCUAGUGCUUUACGUGUUCUCUCCAGUAUUCGUGUACAAAUGAUUGCUCCAAUUUUACUUCUUGCUAUACGCGAUUCGGUUCGCGAUAUGUCCGCUUAUGUUCGAAAAGUUGCAGCUCAUGCUAUACCAAAAUUGUAUUCAUUGGAUGAAAGUCUACAGCAUGAAUUAAUAGAUUGUAUUGAUUUUUUGCUGGGUGAUAAACGAACACUCGUCUUGGGUAGUGCAGUUUAUGCUUUUGAAGAAACUUGUCCUGACCAUUUUCAUCUUAUACAUCGGCAUUAUCGAUCGUUAUGCAAAGCCUUGGCUGAUGUUGAUGAAUGGGGUCAAAUUACAAUGAUCGGUCUCUUAACGCGUUAUGCUAGAAGUCAAUUUGCUGCACCCACAAAUACCAUCGAUCCAGAUCUUGGCUUGCUUCUUAAUACUUCACGUCCACUUCUUCAAAGUCGUAAUUGUGCUGUGGUUAUGGCUGUGGCCCAAUUAUUUUAUCAUUGUGCUCCACAGUCUCAAGUUCCUAUUAUUUCGAAAGCCUUGAUUCGUUUGCUACGCAGUCCGCGAGAGGUGCAAAACGUUGUUCUUCUCAAUAUAGCUACAAUUUGUUCUGUAAAUCCGCAAAUGUUCGAACCAUAUCUAAAAAGCUUCUUCGUUCGACCGACAGAUCCCGCUUAUAUAAAAGUACUAAAACUUCAAGUAAUGACGUCUUUAGUAACAGAAACGAAUGUUCAAAUUCUGCUUAGAGAACUUCAAACUUAUGUAGGCAUGUCAGAAUUGGCAGAUGCAGCAAUAGAUGCAAUUGGUCAAUGUGCAAUUCUUGUGAAAUCUGUCGCCGAAUCGUGUUUGAUGCGAUUAGUUAGUUUAAUUGCUUCGUCUAAUGAAAAUAUUGUUUCGGCAGCAGUUGUUACUCUCAAAAGGCUGUUACAUUCCAAUGCACCUCUUCCUCUUUUAACUCGUGUGCUUCGAUUAAUUGAUUCUGUCAAGGCUCCACAAGCAAGAGCUUGUGUAGUAUGGCUCGUGGCAACUCAUGUUGAUAAGGUACCAUUACUUGCGCCUGAUAUGUUGCGUAUUAUGGCAAAAACAUUUGUGCAUGAAAAAGAAAUUGUUAAGCUGCAAACCAUGAAUUUGGCUGCCAGAUUAUGGUUGAUUAAUCCGGAAGAAUGCAAGCAAUUGGUACUCUAUGUGAUGCAGUUGGCACGUUUCGAUCAAAGCUACGAUAUAAGAGAUCGUUGUCGAUUUCUUAGAAAUUUGUUGUUCGUAGAAAAUAAAUUGACCCCUUUCGCUAAAGAAAUUUUCUUCACUGAAAAACCUUCGCCAAUCGUUCAAAACUCUUUUAAGGAUCGUGAGCAAUUUCAAUUGGGCACUUUGUCCCACUUUUUAAAUCAGCGCUGUGCACGAUAUCGUGAUUUACCGCCAUUUCCUGAAGUCACACCAGAUCCUUCUGUAAGAGGCAUAGUUGAGCCAUCUUCUGUGAUUAUUCCUGAUAGCAAGCUAACAACUGGAAUUGCAUCUGAAGUCGCAGGAGAUUUUUAUUCAGAUGAAGAAGAUUCAGGUGGGGGAAGUAAUGAUGAAGAUCAAGAUGAAGAUGAAGAAGAAGAUGAAGAGGAUGAAGAAGAUGAAGAAGAAGAAGAAACAGAUGAAAGUGGCAGUGAGGAAUAUGAAGAUGAGAAGGAGCAAGAAAAUCAAUUGCUUCAAGGGAAUGAAAUUCAUUCGGCUUCAAAUAUUCCAUCGCAAAAAAAAUCAGCUAAUCUCGAUUUACUUCUCGAUCUAGACUUCGAUCUUGCUCCAGGCUCCAAUAUAUUUUCUAAUACAAUGAAAUCAGAUAAUUCCUUCAAGGAAUUGCUUAAUCAUGCUGCAUGGCCUGUUGGUGUUUCUGUUAGCAUGAAUUUUAUUAGAGAAUCAUCAGUUUCGUUCCCUACAAUGAAUACAGUAUUGCUACGUUUUGUAAAUACACUUUCAUCUAUAUCACCUUCGCUCACCUUGGUUCCAAAGAAAAUGGAAAGUAAUGAAACAAGCGGUGUUUUAAAAAUUGGUGAAUUAGGAAGUGAAUCUGAGAAAUUCGAGCGAAUAUUUAUCGAUUUUGGUGACAGUGGACGUUCUUCAGAGUGGGUAUUAAAAACUGAUGAUAAUACGAGUGUAACGCUUACGAUAGAAGCACCAAUCGGUGAACAAAUGUAUCCUAUAAUCAUGAAUAUUGAACAAUUCAACGAAUCUGCGGCACAACUUACUGGUUUGAAUGAACAUAUAGUACCAAUGAAAAUUAUAUUAAAACCUCAGCAGCUUCUUGAAUUUAUCAACUGCGCUAAUAUUAUCGGGUCAGAAGUUAAUUUUUGUGCUCGGACUCUGUCAAAAAAGCAACUAAUUCUCAUAAGCCUUGGUCAAAAUGAACUUUGUGUUCGUUCAGAAAGCGUUGUGCUUGGUUCAUUACUAUGUAAUUUUAUUAUUAAAAAAGCUGAAGCUUUAAAAACAGAAAAGACUGCCAAAAGCGAAUCUUUAUUAUGA